AUGCCUUCAGCACGCCCUUCCUCUGUUCACUACGGCAGCUCCUCAUCCUCUUCCAGCUCAGACUCAGAUCUCUCCGCAGCAUCUGCUUCGUACCGCCCCAGCAUGGAUUCGGCACCCAUCGUCGUCUCAGUCGAGACGAUUCGCUGCAUGCGGUGCGCAUCUGCCACCGAGAUGACUUCAACGGACGACCCCAGCUCAUACGGCAUGGUUCGCAUCUCCACCAAUCUCUACUACUGUGAGAGGUGCGCCAAGAAGACUGGCUUCACCUGA